CCACCCCUGCCGGGGCUGGGAUUAUGAACUCUGUUGGUUUUCAGGAUUCCCAGCGAUGUAACUCCACGCCGCUCUGUGCCAACGCAGCUGCGCCUCACCUCUCCGACAUGGCAGUCUACUGUGAGAACUUCAACAUGUACCACCAGCACCAGCACCAGGCGGGCUACCCGCUGGCGGACUACCCGGGCACUGCCAGCCCUUACCUGUGGCUGAACGGGGCGGCGGCCGGGGGAUCACCGUCUCCGUACCUGCACAGUCAGAGCCCCUCGCCGUUCCCGGCCCCUCCGCAGUUCGUGCCCGCGGCACCCUCCUCGGGGCCGCCCGGAGCCGCGGAGCUGGGCUGGCUUUCCCUCGCCAGCCAGGAGGAGCUGCUCAAGCUGGUCCGGCCUCCUUACUCCUACUCGGCCCUGAUCGCCAUGGCCAUCCAAAACGCCCCGGACAAGAAGCUCACCCUCAGCCAGAUCUACCAGUACGUGGCCGAGAACUUCCCGUUCUACAAGAAGAGUAAGGCAGGCUGGCAAAACUCCAUCCGACACAACCUCUCCCUCAACGACUGCUUCAAGAAGGUGCCGAGGGACGAGGACGAUCCAGGGAAAGGGAAUUACUGGACCCUGGACCCUAACUGCGAGAAGAUGUUUGACAAUGGUAACUUUCGCCGGAAGAGAAAGCGGAGAACCGACUCCAACUCUGGCCUCGGGGGUUCCCUCAAUGGCAAGCCCCAGGACAAUGCAGGGACUCCCGCCUUGAAGCUAACCGAGAGCCCGCCGCUCUUGCUGGAAGCUGCCUCGCCGGAGCCGGAGCACUCGCGGGGCUCCAUCGACGACCCGAAACUUUCCACGCCCUCGUCCAGCCCUUGUCUGAACAGUUUCUUCAACAGCAUGGCCGCCGUGGGCAGUGGCCCCAUCACUAGGCAAGUGUCCAUGGGCCUGGCCAAUGACUUCUUCCAAAGGAAUGUCUCUGCACUCGGUUCCUACUCGUCCAACAGCAGCUUAUCCUCGCAGGAAGCCAGCGAGGUGACGGACUCCUUUCACUUCAACCGCGCGGGCUAUCACAACACUUUCUCCGGCGGUCAGACAACCCAAUUCAACAGCCAUUUCUACAACACCUUCAGUGUCAACAGUUUGAUUUAUCCCCGGGAGGGAACGGAGGUCUGAAGAAUGAAUACAUGAGCAGUAGACUCUCCAGAAAGUGAAGAUUUCAAGUCGCCACCUCGGCGUCAUAUUCCCUCAUCUUCAACCUUUAAUCCGUCCUUAAUCCCGUAUUCCCCAUCUUCAAUCCCUCGCCAUCUUCAAUUCCCAUCCCCCCUUCCCCAACUCCUCUCACCAUCCUCAAACCCCUCCCCAUGUUCAAUCCAUCUCCCCAUCUUCAAUCCCCAUCUCCCCAUCUUCAAUUCCUCUUGCGAUCCUCAAACCCCUCCCCAUCUUCAAUCCAUCUCCCCAUCUUCAACCCCCAUCUCCCCAUCCUCAAUCUCUCUCCGAUUCUCAAUCCCUCUCCCAUUCUCAAACCCUCUUCUCAUCUUCAAUCCCUCUCCACCUUUAGUCCCCUUUCCAUUUUCAAUCUCACUCUCUUAACUUUCUUUGGCAUUUUUCCUUCAAUCUCUCUUAGUGUCCCUCAUUCUCACCCCUUUCAUUUUCAAUCUCUCUCCUCCUUCAAUCUCACUCCUCCCCAUCUCCAAUCUUCAAUCCCCUUCUCACAUGGGAACAGGCCCAAUGCCACAAACUGGUCCAUGCUGACCAUGGGGCCUAUUCAGCUAGUUCCAAUUGCCACGUUUGACCAUAUCCCUCUCAACC